UAUUGAUUGUACUCCAUAAUUGUGAAGGACAACGAAAAGAAAUACGCUGAAAUGUUCGUUAUUCAUUAAUGAAGAAUGCAAAUGAAUAAAAAUUCAUUUAAACGGCAAUACGAUCAUUAGUAUGAGACGUGUAACGUCUGUACUUAGCAUAAAUUGCAUAGUCCAGAAAGUAGGUUGAAGUGCAUUCAAGGGAUGGCAGACAUUGGUGCACAUUGGUGUAGUCACGUAGUACAGCGCGUCAACACAGAGAGCGUCUUUUAAUUAAUGGCCGUCCGCUUGGAGGAAUAGCAAUACUUGCCAUUUAUUAGUAUUUUCGAAGUACGUAUUUGCCAAGGAGCCAAAAUCGAAGAUAUCGUUCGAAUUCAGUCGAAGAGUUCAAGGGUUUUAAGAAUAAUCAUUGGAAUAAUAGAGCAGAUUUUGCACAAUGGCGGAGGAUCCACAGGGUGAAGUCAAAAGAGAUGCCAUCAGGUCCUUAAGAUCUGACCAGAAGGUCUACUUGCGCUUCAUAAAUUUAACCAAAUGCACCAUUGAGCUGGUGUGGGUUAACUUCUUUGGCAGCUACAUCAGAUACAAACUGCUGCGCAGGGGUGAAUAUGUAGAUGUGAAUACAUUUACCACUCACCCCUGGCUGGCUCUGGAGAUACACACCAAAGACAGAAUGCACAUCUGCAAGCAAUACAUUUACAUGCCGAGGCCCACACAGGAAAUCAUGAAAUUAAAAUCAAACUUGAGGGAACCAGUUGUCGAUCGAGAGAAGAGGAAGAUUUGCUGUAUCACUACACCACUUUACAGCUUGAGGUUCCAAUCCUUGUUGAUUUUGAGGAAUUACUUUAAGACACCAGAAGAAGUAAGUGCACUUGAUUUACCGCGAUCUGUGACUGAUGAUCUCAGAAAGGCUAUCACCAUUCGUAAUAAGCAGAUCACGACGCCGAUUUAUACUCUUGGAUGAUUCAUAAGGAGGAAUCGAGGCAGGAAUCUCGAAAGAUUAUUAUUAAAGGAAUGUGGUAAGCUCCAAAACUUGUUUAAUUAAUUGACUGAUAUAUAGAUAUAUAUUCUUUAUUUCUUAUAUAAUACAUAUAUAUAUUUUAUAUUAUGAGCAUUAAUCUAUUGUAAAUGUAUACUAUUAGUUUCAAAUAUUUUUUAACUCGUUUAUGAAAAAGCACCUUUUUCAAUCUUUUAAUAUUUCCAUUUUUGCAUGACAAAGUGAUUUUAAGGUGCUUGAGAUCAAAUAAAUUUAUGAAAAUAAAAUAUAUUUUAUGUUGUUAUAUUUUUACAUAUAAGAAUUUGUGAUAAGUUGGUAAAGUUUGGCAGCUGGGGAUAAUACAUUUGUCAUGCUAAAGUGGAACUUUAAAUUAAUCUAUGCAAACUAUUGUAAACAUAUAUAAAAUAUUUAAAAAAAAAACUUUAUUUACUCUGAAUUGUUAAUUUGAAAUCAUUAUAAAGUUCCGUUAAUUGGAUGCUGUAGACACAGUCCCGCUAUUUCAUAUAAUGGAGGACUGUAGUAGUUUCAUGUUUAGACUUAAGGAAUUGAUGUGAAUUAGUUAAGGAUAAGACUUGAUGUAAGAAAUAACAUAUUUAACUGAAUGUAGCUCACUGUACCCCUUUUUACUUUAAUACUAGCAUACAAUAUUCAAUCUUAACGAUUCAUAUCAAGACUCGUGUAAGGAUAAAAUCUCUAAAACUGCGUUGUUGUCUCGUGGUCCAAAUUAGAAGACUCAAUUAUUAUAAUUAAGUUAAAACUGUAUAUUUCGUUGUAUAUAUAUUUAUGAAUUUUAUCAAAAUGUAUUUAUUUAUAUUAGUUUUAAUGCUUAUUUGAGAAUUUUAUAGUCUAUAUUGUAUAAGAGUUACAUGGUAUUCUAGUCAUAGAAAGCUUCUAGCUGUUACUAUAUAAGCAAUGUGUCUAAAGUAUUCUUGUAUCUUAAUGUAUUCAAUCUACGUGUGCAAAAAUAAAAUGCUUUAGAUGUA